AUGCCAGUCGAUCGCACACCGCCAAAACAACAAAUUACAUUGCCUACGCGCACGGUCCAGCGCCAGCGUAGCGACUCGGAACCAAACUUAAACUUAAAUGACAUGCAGUGUGAAUUGGAAAACCUAAACGUAACCGUCCGCGCAAAACGUAAGCGCUCGGAGGACAGUGGCGAUGUAAACUUGUCCGUAUUUAUGUCUGAGAUGACGAAAAUGUUCCAUGAUUUUAAAAAUGAACAGGAACUAAAAGUUUCUGCGAUAUUGGCUUCUGUUACUGAUAUCAAAAAGCAAAACAGCGAUAUUUGUGCUUCUGUUGAGUAUGUAUCGAAGUCAUACGACGCUUUGCUGGAGCAGAUAAAUCAUUUAAAAUCAGAACGACAAGAAAACCUCAACUAUAUCCGUACCCUUGAGAAUAGAUUAGAAAAAGCAGAACGCAAUGCUCGAUUUAGUUGUGUGGAGAUCCGAAACAUUCCCCCAAAUAAAAAGGAAUCUAAAGAGCAGCUACUACAUACCAUAAUUGCGACCGGUAGAACCUUAAACAUCCCCAUUGAAUCAUAUGAAGUCAGAGACAUCUUCCGUAUACAGACCAAAGAACCUGACCAAAAACCCAUCAUCGUAGAUUUCACUAGCGUCAUAAAGAAAGAAAGAUUCUAG